AUGCUCUUAUCCACUUUCCUCACUGUCGUGGCCUCUUUGAGUGCCCCAGUGCUCUCCCUCUACGUUCGCACUGAUACGUCCACCUCUCCUGCGUGUCCCGCCGUCGCAAACCAGAGCAUCACCGUGGGAGCGCACACGGUCAUGCUAGUCGACCUGGCAUGCAGCGAUGUCACGGCUGACAUGGUUGAUAUAUUCUUUCCCCCCGGCUGGCCAUUCACUCCCAUAGCGCCGAAGUCGACCGCUACUCUUACUGACACGGUGACGGUAACUGCGACAGCGACCGCAAGCUCAACUCCUACCAACGCUAUCAACGUCUGUGGCACCGUUUGCAAUACGCUCUGCACACAGUCCGGCCAACUUCCUCCUACCAUGAACGACUGUCAGGUCGUCAAGGAAGCUAUUCAGAUCUUUGAAGGCAACUCCUCUCCUACGUCUAUAGUCCAGCCUGGCCACAUCCAACAGCUGACUUUCGGUACUUGUCGCUUCUUCUUCGAGAACUUGAACACCGUUCCCUUGGAAUUCUGCUGGCAGGACCUGGGCAAUAACGGUUCUGCUGCAGCGGAUGCUUGUUUCCCACCCGUUCAACCCGUCAACCCGUCGGCGGAGUGUGUUGCGCCGACUUUGAGCUGGGAGAUAGGUGUGGGCCAUGCGUGA